AAGCUCAAUUGCCAAGAUCACACUCAACAGUAUGGAUAUGGACAAGACAAAUGUGAUUGUAAGAGAAGGAUUCCUGGUGAAAAGGGGACAUCUUGUACACAACUGGAAGGCGCGUUGGUUUGUGUUGAUGCCAGACAAGCUGCUGUAUUACAAGUACGAUGGAAGCAAAAGGGACUCGUGUCAGCGGGGGACAAUCCUACUGAAGGACUGUGUAAUAACUUGUCCUUUUCUGGAGUAUGAAAAUCGGCCGUUGGUGAUCAAGCUCCAGACAAAGAAUGGGGUGGAUCAUUAUUUGGAGACUUGUUCCCGGGAGGAGCGAGAUGACUGGGCAGCUGACAUCACGGCUGCGGUCGACAAGCUGCGGACGGCUGAAGAUAGGAAGGUGACAAACCAGCAAGCCCCUGCUGGAUCCCAUUUACGCGACAUCAAUCUGAGCAAGGUGUUGGACUCCAUGUACGACGUCCACAGUGGUAUAAAGAUGAGCAACCAUGUGGAGCAGGGCUGCACUUACAGCAACUGUUUCUCAGGUUCAGCGGUGGUGGACUGGCUGGUGUUCAUGCAGCUGACUCUGACCCGUACCGAGGCCAUGACGCUGGCCUCGGCCCUGCUGGAAGAGGGUUUCCUGCGAACUGUCGGCCUCAGGAGUGUGGAGGCUCUCCGCACCGCCGGCCUUGGCCAGCAGUUCAUGGAUGACUCCACUGCACUGUACAGCUUUUCUGACAGCUUAAAGAAGAGAGGCACUGUGAAGACAGAGUCGUCUGUGUCUGCAGUGGAGCUGAGUGGAAAAUUGAUAAAGAGAGGCUAUCUGCUCAAACAGGGACACAGAAGGAAGAACUGGAAGGUGCGACUGUUUGUGCUGCGUUCAGAACCUGCUUUCAUUCACUAUUAUGAUCCCACCAAGGAUGACAUCAGCCCCGUUGGCGGCUUCUCACUGCGAGGCUGUCUGGUGUCUUCUCUGGAUGACAACGGAGUUCCCUCAGGUGUGAAAGGCAAAAUUCAGGGCAACUUGUUUAUUAUCAUCACUCAGUCAGAUACACGUUACUUCAUUCAGGCGCCAACCCACCAGGUGAAGAUGGACUGGAUAGAUGCAAUUCGAGAGCUGACAUAAAGCAGCGGAUUCCAGUUAAAACUUCUCUUUUUAACAUAUCAAAUAGUUCAUUUAUCCAGCUAUGAAAAAGACUGACUUUCCUACAUUCCAUGAAUGUAUAGCAACAAACAGGGACCAUGCAAUCACUUGAAAGUGUUGAGGUUACAUAAACUUUCUGUUUAUUUAUCA